ACCAAAACAAACCAACAAAACUUCAAAUUCUAAACAACAAGAAAACACAUUUCAAUUAAAUUUCACUUAGAAUCAAUGGCAAGCAUGAAGGUUGUAUGUGUAGCUCUAAUAAUGUGCAUUGUUAUUGCACCAAUGGCAGAAUCAGCAAUAACAUGUGGACGUGUAAGUGCUGCUCUUGCUCCAUGUCUUGGUUAUCUUCAAGGUGGUCCUGGUCCUUCAGCACAAUGCUGUGGUGGAGUUAGGAACCUUAAUUCUGCAGCUGUUACCACACCUGAUCGUCAAGCUGCUUGUAACUGUUUGAAAAGUGCUGCUGGUUCUAUUUCUCGUUUGAAUGCUAACAAUGCUGCUGCUCUCCCUGGCAAAUGUGGUGUUAACAUUCCUUACAAGAUUAGUACCUCCACCAACUGUGCUACCAUCAGGGUUUGAAGAUGUUGCGGACGCAGGAAUAUGGAACAUCUCACUAGUACUAUGAGAGUGCCAUUAUUGUUCCUAUUUAAGAAUAAGGAUUGAGAGUGAUGGAGGCUCAUCUUAUACAUGGCCCUAUCCUCUUGUACUAGACUGUAUUAGAUGUAUGGUCUCUUAAUGUGUCGUUGUAUCAACUAAAUAGUAUAAUAUUUUAAUUGGGUUUUUGCCUGAUUAUCUGAUUUCUC